AUUGAGCUAUGUAUAUUAUUGUCAAAUUGAGGUUACUAGCACAAUAGCAGACCAACAAGGUAAUGUCAACUCAGCUCGCAUAGUAUCGUAAAUUUCAAAAUUUAGGAGUGCAAUUGUUUUCUUUCGAUUUACGGAUCAAAGAAAACGAAUUGUCAGGCGCUGGUCAAAUUUCUUGCGACAAAGGUCGGAAAGAAGUUGGAACUCGUUGAGUGGAACAUGGAGCAUAAUCAUCCUCCCACAAAUGGAUCGUGUGAUGACGCGAGUGAGACCGAGUCAACAGGAAUCAUCGAGCACAGAAAGAACACACUGCAUGCGGAAACGAGAUCGCUCACGUCAGUUGAAUCAUCGAAAAGACAUUCGAAAUCAACUUCUCAACCAGGAACAGCGUCAGGCAGUUCUCCGUGCAAUCAGUUGACUGAUGAAAAUUGGUUUUCCUCUUCGAUCUAUGAGCACAUGAAAAAAAUGACAAUUUACAAGAAUUUUUGGAAGAAAAAAGUCCAGCAGAACCAGAAAAAAUUCCAGAAGCUCCAGCUGAAUCAAUUCAAAUGGAAAAAUCCACUUCGUCAGAUCAUGCUACAAUUCAUCAGGAACAAAAGACUGAUUCUUCAUCUGUCUCCGUUCAGGUCCAACCAAAGCUAGCAGGUGGAUCUGCGGCUACUAGGUCCAUUCGCAACGAUUUUGACCCUUCAAGGAAAAAACGACAUGUUUGCGACCUAAUUACGUCAACAGUGGGAGUGUUUGGAGAGGAAUCCACGGUAGGAAAUUCGACUGAACCAUCAGAAGAGAAUUUCCAAAAUUUUGAUGAGAUCCUUGACACAGACUCAAGUGCAAAAUCCAAGGACGAUAAAGUAGUGAGCAGUGAAAAACCCGACAUAAACGUCCCGAAAGUUGACACUCCUGAAUCCUCGAAUAUUUCAGUUAAUCUUUUAGACACAGCACUUGUUGAGGCAUUAGCCUCAUGUCGCGGUGGGUUGGUCCCGAGCCUCCAGUGGCAGCACCUCCUGGGCGCGAAUCUGGUUUACCGGCCGUGCCCACUCUAAUUAACAUAAGGGCCACUUGUUGCGACACUUACAUUCUUCCUUCUUCAUAAUCGCUCUUCCGAGAAGUGCUCAUCUCGUGGUUUGUCUCCGCGAUUAAUAUCUCUAAUUAUUGUGAACAUCUCAAUUGUGAAAAAUCUUUACCGUGUCUUGAAUCAAUUA